AUGCUGGCAAAAGGAAAGCUGCGGGAGACAGGAGGGACCCACCUAAGAAGAAGAACGUGGACCAGGACAAAACCAAAAAUGUUGCCAAAAACGAGAUACGUGGAGGAGCACCGGCUUGGAGAAGGAGGCUGCGGAGCAGUGUUUGCUGGCUACCGCAUAAAAGAUCAUUUUCCAGUCAUUCUGAAGCAGCUGGUUGAUGCUGCGAAGCACCUGGAGGAUAAACACAUCUUUCACCGGGACAUCAAGAGUGAGAACAUUCUAAUUGAGACCGGCUCAGAUGUACCGCGUGUUCGUAUCAUCGACUUUGGACUGAGCUGCUUUGUUAAGGAGCGGUCGCUGUACCGCGUCUUUUAUGGUACAGACAUUUACUCCCCUCCCGAGUGGUACAGGCAAGGUUGCUACAGGUGUGGACCCACCACGGUAUGGCAAAUGGGAGUGGUUCUGUACGAAGCGCUUCAUGUGGGGGACUUUAACACCACGGGCUUCCUCAAAAAGCGCCUGAAAUUCAAAAGCCGUCUGUCUAAACGCUGCCGGGAUUUCUUGGACGCGUGUUUAACCAGAGUCCCAGAGAUGCGGCCGACGUUGGAGGACCUCCAGCAUCACGCUUGGCUGAGAUAAACCCAUCACACACAAACACACGCAAUUCAGACGUUAUCAUGUAUGUGUGAUAUAUGAAGUAACUUUCUUGUUUUCUGUUUGACAGGAAAUAAUUUUUUUAAUUGCCCUAUUUUAAACUUUGGUGUUUUGGAAUUCCUGUAACCCCCCCAGCCAUCCCAGGAAAGGGGAUCUCUCUUUGAAUGGGCUUUCCCGAGGUUUCUUCCCGUCAAUCUGGCCCCCCCAGGGGAGUUUUUCCUCGUCUUCAUAGAGAGCUUGGGCUGGGUCAGGAGCUCCAUCAAAACUGUCUUUAGUUGAUUAUUUUAAGGUAAUCAUAUUCUUUAAAGUA